GGGCGGGAGGCGCGAAUUCGUCGGUGUGGAGCCGCUGAGCUGCAGCGCUCAGGAGGAGGAGUGGCCGUGGCUGGGCACCUAGCAGAACCUGACGCAGUGACGUAUCUAAAGUCAAGAAGAAAGCAAAAUGUCCUCCUCAAUGUCAUCGGAAUACACUAUUGGUGGGGUGAAGAUUAACUUUCCUUGUAAAGCUUAUCCAGCACAGCUUGCUAUGAUGAGUUCUAUUGUCAGAGGGCUAAACAGUAGUCAGCAUUGUUUGUUGGAGAGCCCCACAGGGAGUGGAAAAAGUUUAGCCUUACUUUGUUCUGCAUUAGCAUGGCAACAAUCUCAUAUUGGAAAGCCAGUGGAUGAGGGCUUAAAUAAAAAGCCUGAGGUGCCAUCAUCAUGUUGUUGCACAUGCCAUUCAAAGAAUUUUACUCACAGUGACAUGAGCACGGGCACGUCACCUCAUUUCAGUAGUCCAAGCAAGCUGUCUGAAAGAAAUGGGACUUCGUCACCCUGUCGAGACUCUCCUGAAAAAAAUACUCUGGCUGCAAAGUUAUCUGCCAAGAAACUGGCAUCCGUACAGAGAGAUGAAGAUGAUGAUUUUCAAGUAGAGAAGAAAAGAAUCCGACCCUUGGAAACUGCACAGCAGAUGAGAAAACGUCAUUGCUUGGAAAAGGAUGUCCACCAUUUGGAUGCAGAAGUAGCUUCGGAAAAGAGAGUAAAACCUGAGUCACCUGUAAGAAAGACAAGCUCCUCCUUCCAAAAUCUCGAUGGCCUGUGUUCUAGGUGCUGCUGUUCUACUAAGCAAGGACACAGUGAAGACUCUGCAAACACUCUGAAGAAAGAUCACGGGGGACAAUCCAAGAGACCCAAAAUUUAUUUUGGGACCCGCACACACAAGCAGAUUGCUCAGAUCACUAGAGAGCUCCGAAAGACAGCUUACUCAGGGGUCCCAAUGACCGUCCUUUCCAGCAGGGAUCAUACUUGUGUUCAUCCCGAAGUAGUGGGCAACUUCAACAGAAAUGAAAAGUGCAUGGAGCUACUGGAUGGAAAACAGGGAAAAUCCUGCUAUUUUUAUCAUGGUGUCCAUAAAAUUAGUAAUCAGCAGACAUUGCAGUCUCUUCAGGGGAUGUCCAAAGCCUGGGACAUAGAAGAGCUUGUCAGCCUCGGGAGGAAACUGAAGGCAUGUCCCUACUACACAGCUCGGGAGCUGAUAGAUGAUGCUGACAUAAUCUUUUGUCCCUACAACUACCUCUUGGACGCACAAAUAAGGGAAAGUAUGGAUAUAAAGCUGAAGGAGCAAGUUAUCAUUUUAGAUGAAGCGCAUAACAUUGAAGAGUGUGCUCGGGAAUCGGCAAGCUACAGUGUAACAGAAGUUCAGCUUAGGUUUGCACGGGAUGAGCUAGAUAGUUUGGUCAACAGUAAUGUAAGGAAGAAAAGCCAUGAGCCCCUACGAGAUGUGUGCUAUAACCUCAUUAAUUGGCUAGAAACAAAUUCUGAACAUCUUGUAGAAAGGGACUAUGAAUCGUCUUGUAAAAUUUGGAGUGGAAAUGAAAUGCUCUUAAAUUUGUACAGAAUGGGCAUUACCAAUGCUACUUUUCCCGUUUUGCAGAGACAUUUUUCAGCUAUUCUUCAAAAAGAAGAAAAAGUCACAUCAGUCCAUGGUAAAGAGGAAGCAAUACAGAUCCCUAUUAUUAGUGCUUCAACUCAAAUAAUGCUCAAAGGACUCUUUAUGGUGCUUGACUAUCUCUUUAGAGAAAAUAGCAGAUUUGCAGAUGAUUAUAAAAUUGCUAUUCAACAAACUUACUCCUGGACAAAUCAGAUUGCUGUUUUUGAUAAAAAUGGGGUCUUGGCUCUACCAAAAAAUAAGAAACAUUCACGACAGAAGAUUGGAGUUAAUGUGCUAAACUUUUGGUGCUUAAAUCCAGCUGUGGCCUUUUCAGAUAUUAACAACAAAGUACGAACCAUUGUUCUAACAUCAGGAACGCUGUCACCUAUGAGAUCCUUUUCAUCCGAGCUCGGUGUUACAUUUAACAUCCAACUAGAGGCUAACCAUGUCAUCAGUAACUCACAGGUUUGGGUUGGUACUGUUGGCUCGGGCCCUCAGGGUCGGAAUCUCUGUGCUACCUUCCAGCAUACCGAAACAUUCGAGUUCCAGGAUGAAGUGGGAAUGCUGUUGUUGUCUGUGUGCCAGACUGUGAGCCAAGGGAUUUUGUGCUUUUUGCCAUCUUACAAGCUAUUAGAGAAAUUAAGAGACCGUUGGGUUUCCACUGGCUUAUGGCAUAGUUUAGAGUCAGUGAAGACAGUCAUUGCAGAACCGCAAAGAGGAGAAAAAGCUGAUUUUGAUGAAUUGCUGCAGGUGUACUAUGAUGCCAUCAAGUUCAAAGGAGAAAAAGAUGGAGCCCUUCUCAUAGCGGUUUGCCGUGGCAAAGUGAGCGAGGGUCUGGACUUCUCCGAUGAUAAUGCCCGUGCUGUCAUAACAGUGGGAAUUCCUUUUCCAAAUGUGAAAGAUCUUCAGGUUGAACUAAAACGACAGUACAAUGACCACCAUUCAAAGUUGAGAGGCCUUUUGCCUGGCCGUCAGUGGUAUGAAAUUCAAGCAUACAGAGCCUUAAAUCAGGCUCUAGGCAGGUGUAUUCGACACAAAAAUGAUUGGGGAGCUCUUAUUCUAGUGGAUGAUCGUUUUAAUAGCAACCCAAACCGCUACAUAUCGGGGCUUUCUAAAUGGGUGAGGCAGCAGAUUCAGCACCACUCAACCUUUGCGAGUGCCCUGGAGUCCCUGACUGAGUUUUCUGAAAGGCACCAGAAAGUUACUAAUAGAGCCAAAAAAGACAAAAAGUGUAUGAAAGACAAUGAGUCUACUCUGGAAGUGGCCUGUUUGGAGGAGAGCACUCUUACAAGUGUGUCAAAAGCAAGUCAUCUAUCGGCAGAAAAUUCUAGGGAAGAAGCAGCAGAAGUGUGUGUCCAGGAGCCGCAGUGUCCGAAAAUGGCUGCCAGAACCCCGUCAGUACUGGGUCACGCUAUCUCCAGCAGGAAGAAAAGUGAUCCAGUGCUAAGAGGAGAAUCUGUUCAAACAGUGAAAACAGAGAGAAAUGGCAUUUCCAGAUCCUCCAGCCCCACUUUCGGGAAGCGAACAGAACCAGUCAGCUGGCCUGUCUUUAAUUCUCUGAGACGGCACUGCACUAGGACAGUACAGAAUUGCGCACCUGCCCUCGUGUCUUCAGAGAGCCACGCUUCUGGUUCUUCCGCCUCCAAGACAGAAGACAAAACCGCUUUGCCCCUCACGGGUGAACGUGUGACCUCCAACGAAGCAGCUGGGGCAUCGUUCGCAGCUCGCCCUCAGUCAGAAAUCGUGAUUUCUUCAGUGAAGGUUGACGUGACUCCUGCGAAGAACCAUUCCAGUCAGCUCUUCUGCCCUGAGAAAGACCGCCAUCCGGAGAGGGACCUGCCUGCCGGAAGUGAAGAAGCAGCCAAGCAUGCCAGUUCAAAUAAAGCUACGGAAGCAGAAGAAGCAGAGGACGACGACUCUCAGUGUUUCACACCUGAACUGUUUGAUCCUGUUGACACCGAUGAAGAACACGGGGAACUAGUGGAAACCGAUAGAUCCAGUAAUGAUUCGGAUUGUUUCUCAGCUGAAGACCUCUUUGAAACGGGAACUGGGUUCCGGCAGAAAUGAAAUCGAAGGCCGCACAGAACCAGGCUGAAUGGAGUCAUGCCCGGUGGGAGAGAACAAAGCCAACAGCUUGUCGAAGCGAAUUGACCUGGGGAAACUCGUGCGUGGGCAUGAGGACCUGGGAGCAGUGUGAGGGCCUCCCUGACCUCAGCUAAUGCCGUCAGGAUUUGGUUAAGCCUCCUUGUGUAAAUAAUAAUUUGCACAGUGGGUAAACGGUAUAAUUUUAAUUUUUUAGAUAUAUUUUCAUUGUAAGUCAUUAUCAGAUUUGUCUGUUUUAUGUUCAGAAAUACAAGUUUUAUUCUAGAGUUUUAAGUAGGUAAUCCAUACAGAGUACUUCCUCUAAUAUUUAGUUUCCUGGUCACUUUCAGUUUCACAGUUACUCAUGUUUUGUGGUUCACUCAUUGUGAUUUCAUAUGAACAUACAGAGAUUAAUCCCAGUUGAAUCUAGCCACACUUCAGCCAUAUGUUACUGUCUAUUUUAAUGCAAAUUCAUAGAUGUUUUUGGAAAUCGUAGUUUAUCUCCAAAAGCUUGCGAUUUCAUUAACCUGCCUGAGAUUGGAUGUAGCGCACACAGCUGCUUUCCCAGCAAGUGGAAGACUGGGGCUCUGGGCCUGCUUCAAAGUCAAAAGAAAAAAAUCGUUUAUGACUAGUUUAUUAGAGAGAAAAAGGUAAGAGUAUGCAGAUUUCAUUGAAAUUGGGGCCUUUUUGUUUGCUAAAACUAAAAUAUCAGAAACAAAAUUAUAUGCAGUUAUAGAAUGCCAUUUGAAAUAUUCCAAAUAUCAGUUCUGAAGAAAGACCUCCACCUGGACAGGGACUUGCCUGCCGGAAGUGAAGAAGAAGCCAAACAUGCCAGUUCAAAUAAAGCUACUGAAGCAGAAGCAGAGGACGACUCUGUGUUUCACACCUGAACUGUUUGAUCCUGUUGACACCGAUGAAGAACCUGGGAACUCGGGGAAGCUUCACUGUCAUCAGAGAAAGUGAUGUGCCUCACCCUCUGGUCUCCACACAUGUGUGCACAGACCACAAAUGUACACGUGUACACACACUCAUGUACACAUACGCAUGUACACACAUAUGGAAAUAAUACACAGACACUAGCAGUGCCAGAGAUGUGAUACACUCUGGUAUAAAGUUUUGAUUCUGUAACAUUACGAUGGAAAACUUGGCAUGUAAAUUUAAUAAAUAAGCAGAUGUUACAUAUAUACAUAUACACAUAUUUAAAACAGUCUCUGAAAUACGCUCCCUUGAAGAACAGGAAUGUACUGUGAAUUUUGAGUGUGUGCAAGUUUUAGAGAGUGAAACUGUGUAUCUAUAAAGUGUUUAUAAAAGAUGGCCACCUCUGACAUUCCAAAAUUACAUCCACUGAUUUUUUUUUUCCCCCAAAGAAUGGGCAUUUAGACUCUUUAGGGUGAUUUGAAUUGAGAGAGUGGUAUGUGUAUGUGUAGCUGGACAUCAAGCCCAGGGCCUCGCAUGCUGAGUAGGCGUUCUAGCAUUGAGCUGUAUCCAGCCUGAACUGAAAUUUUAUAAGUGUUCAACUUCUCUGCAUGGUUUAUUAUCAAAUCAAAAUUCCCAGUCAUUAUAUUUUUAUGUUCUUUCACGUAAGUGAGUUAUCAUGUAUGCAUGUAUUCGCUUUAAUUUUAAUAGCAUUUAGAUUUGGUACAUGAAAUUUGAAUUGACAGCUUACCAGGUAAGGAAUUUAUCUGUGGAUUUAGAAGCUGAUUUCUACAUUGUUUUGAAAGAAACCAUUUCUCCUAUUGUGGCUCUUAAGUCAUAGAUAGGGCUAGUAGCGGGCCCUGGAAAGAAUGUGUGCAGAAGACAGAAACGGCCUCUGCUCCUGGUUACAUGGCAGGACCAUGCCUCCAUGGGGUUCGCUUCAUUUAUAAAAUAUGGGCUUUAGUAUUGUAAAGACUUGGCAAAUCCUUUUAGGCAUUUAAAGGAAUAGCUGUUGUUAUUUUAUUCUGAGUCAGUUUUGUUACAAAAUGCUUAAAAUGAAGCAUACAAUUGUAUAUAAAAGGUCAGAUGACUGACUUCUCUACAUUCUGGGAACAUACACAUGUGUAUAGUGACUUAGAAAGCUGGAUAUUUGUUUUAACUGAUGCAGUUUAAACAUUUCUGAUACCUUUGGAGUGGCCCUUUUUCCGUGUUUGAUGUUGUUUGAUUGGGUGUUUUGGUUUUGUUUUUGAGACAGGAUUUCAUGUAUUCCAUUCCGGCCUUGAACUCGCAGUCCCCCCGUCUCCAUCUCCCGAGCUCUGGGUUUACAGUGUAUCACACUCAGCUUGAAACUGCCUUGAGAAGAAUCGUUAAACUAUGGGGAAAACAUCAAACCAAUCACUUUACAGUUAGGUAUCCAACUUAAUCACAAAUACCAUCUCUUUCCCUACAUGAUUUUUUUCCAAAAUCUACUAUUCUCUGUACAUUACUAAGUAGUUUUCAGAGAUGUUCCACAUGCUCUCAGUAUUUCAAAACUGUUUAAUUUUUUUUAUACAAGGAUGAUACUGUAAUAGAUCAGAGGGUCUCCUCAGAUCAUCAUUCUGAACAAGAUGAUUGUCCCAAAAGUAAGCUACUGGCCUUUUAAGAGUAGGAGAUAGGCCAUUUUCGCUAGUGAUAACACGAGAUGCUUUUAGAGUUAAAAUUGAAACAUGGAAGGUCAUGUAAAAGAGUACCUGGCAUAUAGCAAAUCACAGUCAUUAGUGAGGUCCCUGUGCCUCUGCAGUACCCUGGCUUCUAUGAUGCCUUCCCUAUGGACAAGUCACCUGGCAGUAAUAACUGUAAAAGACACAAAGAAAAGUUCUUUUACUGGCUUACUUUUUAAAUGUUUUUAAAACAUGUAGUAGAAAUUAUCAAGUAGUUUGUCUUAAAUGUUUAAAACAAUGAAGUAAUUACUUGACAUUGCAUUUAUCCAAGGGUUGAAGGUAUGUACAGCACAUGGGCCAUGCACCAUGAACUCUACCAGUGGGAGAAAAAUGGCCAUUGUUGAUGAAAGAAAGACACAUGGGGCUGGAGAGACCACUCAGCCGUUAAGAGCACUGGCUGCUCUUCCAAAGGUCCAGAGUUUAAUUCCCAGCAACCACAUGGUGGCUCACAACCAUCUAUAAUGAGAUCUGGUGUCCUCUUCUGGCCAGCAGGCAAACAAUGUAUACAUAAUAAAUAAAUCUUUUUAAAAAAAAAAUAAGAAAAGAAAAGAAAGGUACAUGUAAAGAGUAGAUUCUUCUCAUGACUUCAUGACUCAGUAUGUGAAUUUUAGAUGAACCACUGACAGCUUUCUCCAAUUGUGUAGGAAAUCAAUGAGAACUCUGAACUAUAGUCCUACUGUGUGUGGUAUUCUUAUAUGGCUUUGAGACUGGGUGCUGUCUCUGUGUUUCCAUAAAGCUUUACUCCUCUUGUGAUCUUUCCAUUCAAUACAUUUAUUUAAAAAGAGCCCUUUUUACAUUUUUCGAAAAUAGGACUUUGCCAUGUUUUCUGCUUAUAAUAAGAUGCAUUUGAAGUAUUUAAUCUUUUAGAAGUGCUUAUAAACAUCUCUGUGCAAGGUGCCUGUUGUGAUAUCACUUGAAGGACUGGCUGUCGUUGUAGCCAUCAGGAGCUAAUGGUAUUAUUUUUAUAUUGGAUUGCCACACGAUUCUCACCUCUCUUUAAUCUUAGCUUUCUCAGUGAGCUACACAGAAAUUUGAUUCUUUGUGAACUUUUGGUAGUCUUGUCUAUCUGCAUAGGUAAAGGCACUGAAUUCUUUUGUAAAAAAGUAUUUCUAGUGAAAUAUUUCAUAAUUAAAAGAAUGUAAGGCUGCAUCAGACAGUGCACGCAUAAGGAGGCUAAGCCUCCUUGUGAAAUAGCCAUCCUAUGAAACAAUGAAGAACAUCACAGGAAAGGGUUGUCUGGAACAAAAAUGACCAAUGCUGUGAUCCACUAGGCUUAAAUGACUUUCAUGUCUUUUAUAACAGUUGUUUAGUAAGGUUUCAUUGAUGGGACCAUUAGUGGCCUGGCUUCCUGUGUCUCACUUUGGAGCUUAGUGUCCAUGGGCUCUGAGCCACUGGAUCACUUUAUUGGAAAAGCCACUUUUUACCUUUAGUAACCCAGUGCUCUUGGACUAGAUCCAAAAUAACCCAUCUUAUACCAAAUUCCACUCUGAUAAACUAUUUUAAUUGCGUUAAAAAGGAAACGUUACAGGAAAUUGCUUGUUCCAGAAAUGAAUCUUUGAAAAUCUAAUAGUAAAUACUGGCUAAAGGAAUAUUUUUUUUUUUUUUUUUUUUUGGU